ACAAUAAUGGCAAUGGCAAUGAUAAUGCUAACGUUGCUGUUCUGUUCUUAUUUUAAUGAGAAUGGCGGCAACACAGGCGCGUUGCUGCCCCCCUCAGGUCAGCUGUAUUAACAACAACGCUGCUUUAUCUUCAUAUUUGAGGCCCGCCGCUGUGGCGUGUGCGUUGUGCCAAUUAACCCGCAUUUGGCCGGUGGCGGGUGCUAAUUGCCACCCUGUAAUGUGAGGACAAUGUACACAGCAUCAUUGUUGAAAAGGCUUUUCUUCACGAGACAGCGAUAGUUGCUGAGAAACCAACAUGUCUCCAAAAGUCCCGCGAGACCAGCUGUUGCUUAGUUACCAUGUCAACAUUUACCGGGACGGACAGGACGAAGAGCAAGCUCACUGCUGAUUUCCAAAUGGAGGAAUUUACAAGCAAGGGCUCUUCUGAGUCCUUGGAAGAGUUCCAGCUUGUCGUAAAUGAGCUGGCUGGGGACAAGAGCAUGGACAGGAUACGGAUGGAGUAUGAAAAACUCCUCUCUGCACUGAAGAAGUCUCGGGACAGCGAGAAAAUCCUCAUGCUUAAAUGCAGGGAGCUGAAUGCAGAGAUUGUGUCUGCCUCUAAAGCAGCUGCUGCCCUGAAACUCUCCCAGGAAGACCAGGCGGCAUUAAAGCCACUAAAGAUGGAACUGGAUGAAGCUUGGAAAAUGGUUGCUACUGCUCACGAUAAACAGGAGAAAGACAGCGAGACCUUGAAGAAUUUGAAAGAAGACAUUUCUAACCUGACAAAGACGACAUUCCAACAGCCGGAAUCUUCUGAGGACCAUCAUGAUUUAAUUAUCAUGGUUCAAGACUUGACAAAUGAAAGGGAUCAGCUGGAAACAAUGGUGGAAGGUCUAAAAGAGAAACUAAACCAGGCAGUCACAACCCACCAAGAGUUACAGGAACAACGAGAGAAGGCCUUUCAGAACAUUUCUCAGCUGCAGCAGGAGCUUCAGGUACAGCAGAAUGAGAUUUCCAGAGAGACGAGAACAAAGGAGAAGCUGGUCAAAGAGGUGAAGCAGCUGCACGCUGACAUGGAGAACAAGAUGGCCGAUAACAGAGUUUUGGGUCUACAGAGCCAGAAGGUCAAAGAGGAGAAGCAGAAACUAGAGCAACAGCUGACGGAGCUGAAGAUGUUACAGGAGCGAUCCAUCAGGGAUCUGGAGCAACUACAGAUGAAGAACGCCAAGCUGCAGCAGGAAUGUGAGCACCUCUCUUCAGCCAAAGAGCGUCUAUCUCUGGAAAAUCAGCAGACUGCUAACAAGCUGAAGGUGAGAGAAGAAGAGGUCAGUCUGAUGCAUCAGGAGGUUGCUAAACAAACCAAGAUGAGGAAAGUCCUCCAGAAGAAGCUCCACCAAGUGGAAGAUCAAAAAGCUGAAGCAGACGUGCAGAAGGAGAGACUGAAAGCACACACUGCUGCUUUAGAGAAAGAUCUCGAAUCUUUCCGAAACCAAAUGGGGUCAGACAAAAAGGCCAGAGAUGAAAUGAUCCGAGAAAGGGACCUCUUACACAAGAACAUGAUCAGAGCUGUGCAGUCAACUGAGAAGCAGCAGAGCCUGGUUAAGGUUCUGGAGCAGGACAAGAAGGUCUUGGAGAACGAGAUCAGCGCCUACAUCAAAGAGGCCCAAAUGCAGCGCAAAGCCAUCCAUCAGCUGGAAAAAGAGCGAGACCACUACAUCAACGAAACCAACAGCCUCAUGCAGAGGGUGCAACAGAAUAUCAGAGAUGCUGAAGUCAGAGAGAUGGAGGUUUUUGAUUGGAGGAAGAAAGUCACGGAGGCGGAGUCAAAGGUGAAGCAGCAAGAAAACCUCCUGGAAUCAGUCGUCUCAGAAAGAAACCUCUACAGCAGAAACCUUACUGAGACUCAGGAGGAGAUUGCAGAGAUGAAAAGAAAGAUGAAGAUAAUGACCAACCAAGUCACGCAGCUUAAGUAUGAGAUCAUUGGGAAGGAGGAGGCCAUCGCUAAAGAUCAGCAGGAGAACAAGCAUUUACGGAAGAGCAGUGAGGCUCUAAAGGAAGAGCUGCAAGAAACAAAGCUGCAGCUGGAUAAAACAAGGCAGAUCGUUGACAGCCAAAAAGCAGAAGAGCAAAAUCUGCAGAAGGUGAUCGCCAACAUUAAGAGUGAACAAAUCCAACAAAACAAGCAACUGGAAAAGCUAAUGAGGGAGCAGGAAAGUCUCAGCAAACAGCUGCUACAGCGUAAUAAUGAACGUGCUCUGCUGUACGAGAAGAUCAAAAUCCAGCAGUCAGUCCUGAGCAACGGGGACUUCCAUUAUAAUCAAAGGCUGGAGGACAUCCGUCUGCUCAAGAUGGAGAUCAAACAGCUCAACCAAAAGAAGACCAUUAUAGACAAGAGUCUGCCCAACACGGAAAAGCUGAGGACAGAACUGUUCCACCUGCAGAAAGAGCUGCUCAGAGAAAAAGCAAGGAGCAGCAUCCUGGAAGAGCAGCUGAAGCCCAUAAAUAUUCACAGAUGGAGGCGGCUGGAGGGCAGCGAUCCUGGGAAAUACCAGCUCAUCCAGAAGAUUCAGUCAUUACAAAAGAGACUGAUAGUCAAGACCCAGGAGCUUGAAGAGCGAGAACUUUUGCUGCAGGAAAAGGAAAAGCUUUACGUGGAGCUGAAGCACGUUUUGGCCAGGCGACCUGGUCCAGAAGCAGCUGAACAGCUCCAACGGUACCAGUGGACCAUCAGAGACCGAACCAAAAAACUUAAGGCGCUGACGGCAGAGCUGCUGAUUCUUGACUUGAGGAUGAAGGAGUUCAAGAGUGAGAAUCAAAGACUGGAGAAUGAGCUGGCUAAUGUAAAGUAUCUCCAUCAGAAAAAAGCUCUACAGUGCACAAAGCGCCUGGACCAAAGUGGAUCUAAUGGAAGCUCCCUGCCCCGGCUCAGGUUUUAGGAUGGACGAGCAUGUGGCACCCCACACUGAACAUUUGAAACGUUGUUCUUACCAAGCUAAUGUGUCAAAAGUAAGGGUGACAGUGAGCACAAGUUUGUUAUUUUUGGAAUCUUUUUAGGUUUCAAUGUUAAAUUUGUGCUUGUUUUUUUCUUUCCGAAUAUUAAAGAUGCCACAGAA